GAGAAGUAAAAUGGCCACUAGAAGUAAAAACGCUAAAAUUAAGUACGCUAAGUUGAGGCUGUUCAAGCCCUCAUCAUCGUCGUCUUCGCCUUCCGGAAGCAGAAGUCAACCGAAAUUGGAGAAUGAAGGGAAUCAUCCGAAGAGUCCCUCAAGCGAAUCAAUCGAGCGAAUGGAACAAGAAAUUAUUAAUCUUUCCGAUUCUGAGGAACGCAACCCAACAGAACAAGACGAACCCAUCAUCAAACGCACUCGAUUGGAUGCAUUGGACCAGCCGGCAAAGCCUAAAUUACCAAAGUUCCCCAAGAAACCUCCCGAAGGCGGAGGUGGAGUGAUCAGUAAGUUUUUUCAAAACCUCCGAAGAUGACUUUGAACCACCCAAACCGGAUGCCCUCCCAAAAGCCAAAACCAAGGUCCAACGAAAGGCCACUGCCACCCGAAAGCCGCGAGCCCCACGCAAAUCUAAAAGUCAAACCGACAUCAGGAAGGUUUUCCAGAAGUACAAGGACAACGACGAGGAACUACUCAAGAACCUUAUGCUGGAACAUACGCUAACGGACCGAUUGGAUCCGGAUCAGUUUCAGCUAGCUCUGGCCAUGUCCCGAUCGCUGGUCGAUCAAGGUGGUUCGCAACCAGAAUCAAACGCUUCUUCCGAAGAUCCUCCCGAAGAAGUCGCCGCCAAAGCUUCUUCCAGUUCGAGUUCCUUGUCAUCGGAGGAACGACGAAUACUAGGUAUAAGGACCACGCUGGAGCAGUACGGGUUCAAGUGUAAGAACAGCUACAACGACUACGAUUUGAAUGUGAUAUUUGGCAGUGCACCGAAGAACGUGAAGAAAAUCAAACACAAUCGGGCGACCAUGUUGAUCCGGAGGGAUCGCGAAGAUUUGGUGGGCUUCAUGGAGCGGCAGGCUAAACGCUUGCUUCAGGAGGAUUUGGACCGACGGUUUUCCGACUUAAGUGAGAGUGAAUUAAAUUUUCGGACUUAUGGGAGCACGGUGUUCUGGAUGAGUCAAAAUCCCGCGAAUAGUGUGGACAAUCUUUGUGAAUAUUAUGUGGAAUCGUUGGUCGAAGUCAGUGCUGUGAGGGCAGGUUAUCUACUGAAGGACUGGAGAAUGAUUCCCGGUAGAGAACGAACCCCCGAAAGGAGAUUGAAAGAGGAAUCCCACAGCCAAGAGGAUGAAGCUUUGCUGUCACCUGCAAAAAAUGAAGGCCAAGAACUGCUGGAAGAUCCGGAGGACUCACUCCUGGAUAUGAAUACCGUUCCGGAAGAGUACCGCCAGAAGUAUAACAAUGAAGUUCCGGUGCACGUGAGGGUUCGCAAAGCUGCCAAGCAAGAAAUGGUUCCAGAAGGCAAAAGGUCCUCUUCGCCUGAUCUGUUCGGCUCGGACAGUGGAGGUGAGGAGGAUAGAAGAAAUGCUUCCACGAAAGAAGAUGCGGUUGAAGUGGAGGAAACGCCGCGAAUUGAAAGCCGGGCAGAAGAGGAAGAUGACAAGUUUGUGACUGCGCAAGACAGUGAAGAAAUUCCAUUAACGGAAGAACAAUUGGGGGGUGUAGUUCGAGCAACAAGUUCGGAAAACAUUUUCGAGGACUCGGAUCCCAUUUUCGACUACGAAGUGUACUCCAGCGAAGAAGCAAAGAUGUCUUCUUCUGCACCGGUGGAGAACGAAUGUAGCGAACACGUGGAUCACGACAACCAAAAGGAUGUCGUUGUGGUGCUGAGUUCCACUGACGAUAGUAACAGCAAUCCAAUCAACGCCCCAAAAGUGAAUCUACCUACCAAUAAUUUGGCGUUUCCCUCACCGGGGAAGGAGUUAUCCUUUCAUGCUUUGGCGAUCAGGCAUAGGUUGAGUGGGGUUCCGGAGACGGAAGUUGAAACAAUAGAAUUGGAGGAUGAUGGAAGUGAGGAGGAGAAUGAAAAUACGUCAGUUGAACUUGGCCGGAAAUCGGAAAUCGAAGCUGAUUCUGAUAAUCGACAGGCAAAGAAGCGAUCCUCUAUCAGUGCAAUUGAUAGUGGUAUUUCCGAGAAAGACCAGUGCUUUGAUAAAACUAUAUUUCCUUCGGCUGCAAAGGAGUUGUCUUUUCGUGUACUAUCGGCUGUGAACCAGUUGAACGGAACAACAAACGUUGAUUUGUUCUCAACUGUUGUUGAGAAGGAUAACUCCGAAAUAACAACGACUGAAAGAAUAGUUGUUGGAAACGAUUCGUUCAAAAACGCUGAGCAAUCUCCAAUAUCCGAACAAUUAGUGAAUUAUUCAGAAAGUCCCUCCGGCGAUGAUUCGGUACAAGAAUGUGCUCAUGAGGUAGAACAAAGUAACGACGAUGUGAUUAUUUCUUCGUCUGAAAGCAUGAUUGCAUGUAAUGCAAAGCAAACUCGAAACAGCGAUGACAUUUCAAAGGAUACUGCUUGCGAGGGUGACAUCGAGAAAGAUGAAGAAAAUUGCUCUACUGAACGAAUUAGUGAAUCAUUUGAUUCUCCCACGGGUGAUGACGAGCCCGAAGAUGUACUUAUAAUUUCCGAUGAUGAAGUAAACUAUUCUAUCCGUCAGGAUUUCUCACCCUUUUACAACGUUAGUCCAUUAUCGCCUUCCGAGGCCAAUCCUGAUGUUUCACAGAAUAUUGUCCAAUCCAUGAGUAGAGCGAAAGACUGUGAAGAUCUCGAUGGCACAAAAGUCUACUUUGACGUAGAAGAUUACAAAAGAUUAAGUUCGGAUAUGAAUAACUCAGCUGAACAUCAGAAAGAAGCUGAGGAUGCCGCCGAGUCUACAGUCGCUCCAGACGAAUCCAAUCGAGCCGACAAUACCAUGGCCUUUUUAGACGGACUUAUCAAAAAGUUCAACCUCCCCACGACGUUAACAAAGCAAUCAACCUGUGAUGAACCAAAGCCUCCCGAUCUAGAGGAUUACAUGAAUAAUUACGAAAUCCCAGACUUUCCCGACGACCCUGACAACAACAGUACUGAUGUAGUGGACGAUGUGCAAGAAGUUCCGAUGGAAAGCUCGGCCCCAAUACCAUCGGAACAAUUAGACCUAGAGAUCGAGCAGAUCCUUAGCCAGGCGAGGAUAACGUGCACCCAACUAGAGCAACAGCAACGACCGCGAGCUAGUCCAAUUCGAAGAACGACUUCCGACUCUGUAUUGGCAGGCCCUAGCAAACGUAAUCCCAGCAUCAUCAAAUCACCUAUUGUGAAGCGCAAAGGCGGUUUCGAUGAUAAGUUUGAAGAUCUUACUAGAGAUCGUGCGCCUCCACCGAUCGAUAUCGAGAUACGAUUAGAUUGUGUGAGCCCUCGACCGGAUUAUGAACGGAUGGAGUCUCCUGAGUUACAUCGUGAGCUGUUCAAGUAUGGUAUGAAGCAGUUGAAGCGAAGGAAAGCAGUGCAAUUUUUGAACUACAUCUACGAUCAAACGCAUCCGUUUGUGGAGGUAGUCGACGAGGAUGAAUGCAUUUGCGAUGACGAAGAUCAUGGUGAUGGUAACAAUGUCGCAGAAAUUAUGCCGCGGAGGGGUGACAACUCCGUGCCGGAAAUGGAAAACGAAGAAUACAUUCUUCCUUCAAAGCCAAGAAAGAAGACAUUUUGGUGUGCCGUCCCGCUUCACAUCGCGUUCCACAACAUGAUCUACGAAAAUCCAGCCCUCCGUCGACAGAUGCUCCGAUAUCAGCCAAUAGAUUUGGAUGCGAUCUACAGUCACUUGAAAGAAAUUGGCCUGCGCUACGAGAGCAACGAUUUGAUAUCGUUUUUGGAUAAACGGUGUAUCACGUUUCGAACAGCGCAGGGCAGCGGAAGCCGUACUAAGAAAACACCCGCCACUCAAGCUGCACGCUAAACGGCGGAAUAAGGAUGAAUGGUGGUUCUGUCUGUGGAUUCUCGUUUACAUAAUAGACACGAUAACUAAUCAGUAUAUGUGGUAAGAACAUUGUUAAAAUUUUAAAUCUUAUGUACAGCGUAUAAAAUUCAGGGAACAUAUAAUUCAAAACACAA